GCCCCGUAGUUUUCCGGAGGCCAGCCGGAAGUUGUUAAUGCCGGCCUCCGGUUCUUUCCAUCCGCGGGUGUCGCUCGCACCCCGCCAGCGUUGCAGCCGUUGUGGACGGAAGCGGGUCUCGGCCGCUGGGGCGGGAGGCGCAGUCAUGCCCCGCUAUUACGAGGACAAGCCGGAGGGCGGCGCGUGCGCGGGCGUGAAGGAGGACCUGGGCGCAUGUCUGCUGCAGUCGGACUGUGUGCUCCAGGAAGGAAAAUCCCCUCGACAGUGUCUGAAGGAAGGAAACUGCAAAGCUCUGAAAUACUCAUUUUUUGAAUGUAAAAGAUCAAUGCUGGAUGCCAGAUCCAGAUUCCGAGGAAGAAAAGGAUAUUGACGCUAGUAUGCUGAAACGGAAAUGAAAACAACAAAUGGAAAUGAGAAACAACAAUUGUUUCUCUGGUCACUUACAACAGAGAAACCCAAAUAGGAGACAGACUUUUUGCUACAUCUGGUGGGAUGUUUUUCCUUCCAUGAACCCUGGAGAAAAUGGAUGAGUUCUUGCUUUUUUGAGUAUGUAUAAACUAAAUGAUUCUCUUGCUCUAAAUUACUUUUGGAAGAAAAAUUUAAUUGAACAGCUAUGAGCUGGGAGCAUCAUACUGUUUAGAGAAUUAUUAGAAAGCUCAAAAAGUGAAAAGAUUGUUAUUUUCCAACUUGACUCUUCAACCAAAUGACACAAUUUGUACAUCCUUUGUGAAUAUUAUGAAGGCCGCUGAUUGAUAGGACUGUGAAAACUGAUAACGUAGUUGGGGGAGAAAAUGUCUAUUGGGAAAGUUUAGCAUAAAGCUUUCUUUUACUCAACCUGUCCUAUUUAGUUCUAAAAUAAAUUGUGUUUGAUUCCUUGGAGAAGAAA